AUGCAACUAAUCCCAAUACUAUCAACAUUAACACUACUUUUCUCCACCUCGCUUGCAGCCUACGAUGCAAACUCCAAGAACAAUGUGGCUGUAUACUGGGGUCAAGGCUCCAACCAGGAGAGUCUCGGGUAUUAUUGUGAAAGAGGGGAUGUUGAUAUUGUCGUGAUUUCCUUCAUUAACUACUUGAACUCCACUUAUGUUGGUUUCAAUUUUGGGAACGCCUGUUGGGGGCCAGAAUGUCCUCUCAUUGCUGCGGACAUCAAGAAAUGUCAAGCACUUGGUAUCAAAGUAUCACUAUCCAUUGGUGGGGACGAAAGAUUAGGUGACUAUGGAUGUACCAGUGAUGCCGAUGGAGAAGCAGCAGCGCAAAUGCUUUAUGACAUGUUCAGUCCUAAUGGUAAUCCAAAAGUCACCAAACCAUUCGGCGACGUCACCAUUGAUGGGUUUGAUUUGGAUAUUGAAAACUUUAACCAAAAGGGUCAAAUUGCCAUGUUCAAGAAGCUCAGAAAGCUUUUCGCUAAAGAGAAAACCUUGAUUUUAUCUGCUUGUCCUCAAUGUCCAUAUCCUGAUUCCAAUGUCAAUGACGUUAUGGUCGACGAAGAAGUGCAAUUAGAUCUUGUAUUCAUGCAAUUUUACAGUAAUGCAGGCUGUAGUAUGAACAAUAAAGAUGGUUUUGCUAACUCAUGGAAAACUUGGGCGAAUUUCAUGGAAAACGUUACCAAUUCAAAAGACAUGAAAAUGUACGUCACUUUACAGGCUUCCAAGUCUAACGAAUACCAUACCAAUGUAUCCUGGGUCAAUGAACAAUUGAAAGGUAAAAUGUCUGACUCAUUCUUCGGAGGCAUUGGUCUUUGGGAUGCCACAGUGGCCACUGAAUGCACCGAUACUUCGAUUUCCGGAGUAUCGCAAAAUUACAUUCAAGGCAUGAAAAACCUUCUCAGUGGAGUUUAUUCCAGUUUGGCUAAGAGGGAUGAAUUGUAA